AUGCCAGCUGAAGAAGCUAGUAAUUACGGUGUUUUUAUUGGCUAUUUGUAUCUUGUUAAUUAUAUCCUUGGCACUGGAUUUCUGGGUAUACCCUACGUAAUACAUCAUGGAGGAACCAUAGCUGGAUGUUUGACUUUAUUAACAAUCUCAUUUUUUAGCUGUUUGACUUCGAUCUGGACUUUAGAAACCAUUUCAAGAGCACAGGCGAUAGAGCGUACAUCGAGCGCCCAGGAGGAGGAAGUUACCAAAAAAUUAAUCAAUGCUGAAGACUGUCAAGCUAGUUAUGAUUCUAUCGAACAGUAUCCCAAUAACACUACGAAUAACAACAUUAUUAGUUAUGGUCAAAUGAGUCGCAGAAAAUUCGAAAUUACCGAGUUAUGCAAUUUGUUCUUAGGCGAUAAAGCGAAGAUCGUAUAUAUGCUUGUUCUGUUCGUUUACUUGGCGUUGGCUUGUUGGUCGUUUACUACGGUCGCAGCUAGCACAUGGUCUUCAAACAUUCCUUUUGGUAAUGGAUCAAGUCUACGUCAAUGUACACAAGAAGAUUUUCAGGAUCGAAUAAUACCUGAGGCUGGUGGUUGCCUAAAUAGUUAUAGGUUAUGUGCUGGCAUUUUUGCCGUUAUUGUAUUAUCGCUUUCUUGCUUAGAAGUUACAGAACAAAAGAUCAUUCAAAUUAUUAUGGGUAUAUUACGAUUUGUCGUAGUACUCUUUAUGUGUUUUAAUUCAGUUGCUGAUCUUACAAGCAAGGAAAAUAAGCAAAUUCCAUUUAGUAAUGUUAGCCACUUUGAGCUCAUGGACAGCAAACACGAUCAACCAUACACUACUUUGACAUACAGCUAUACAAAUCCGUUGUACUACAACUUUCGUGCUUGGGUACAAGCUAUACCUGUCUUCGUUUAUGCUCAAGUUCUCCAUCAAGGUAUCCCUAUAUUGAUUGAGCCUGUAACACGAAAGCAACACUUGCGAACCAUGGUUGUUGCUGUCUUUCUUACAAUGUAUACUUUGUACACAUUUCUUGGUAUUGUUAUUUCCUAUCGUUUUGGUGAUAAGGUCUCGCAAAUAUCAACACUAAAUUGGAGUGAUUUCACGAAACCUGGUAAUCCUACUUCUCUACGUGUUAUGUCAUACUUGGUAGUAUUCUUCCCUUCGCUAGAUGUUGUAUCUGUAUUUCCUAUGGUGGCUGUUACUCUUGGUAAUAACAUCUUCACAGUCCUUUAUGGUGGUGAUACAACUACUGUUACUAACAUGCGCUAUCCUCGGCUAAAACGCGUGAGUAUGCGCUUGAUUGCGGCGGCGUUACCUAUCAUUGGUGGUUUGUUUGUUGAAAGUUUAGUUGCUGUGCUAAAGUAUGCUGGAUUACUAGGAUUUCUGAUUUCUUACGCCUUUCCUAUCAUCUUGCAAUAUUAUUCACGCCGUCAGUAUAAAACUGCCUUUAAAAAUUUGCAGUAUGAUCGCAGAAAAAAGCCUUGGGACAGAAGUCCAGCUACAAGUAAAAGUGUAAAUGACGAUAAUGAGGAACUAGAUCAGAGUGAUAACCAACACGAACAAGAUGCUGUUACAUAUCAACCACCCUGGGAUACUCCUUAUUCGACUAUUUUAAGUGGGCGUAAAAUGGUUCACCUUUCUGCUGUUUAUACUAUUGCCGUUUUUAGUCUAACGAUAGUGGGAAUAGCUCUACCUACUGCGAUGUCCCAUAAACAUAGCAAUGUAUCCGCAAUAUCAUCAUAA